AAAAGAAACGAAGGGAAGGGAAAGCAGCGCUUGCUUUUUUGCUUUCAGGUCUCCUAAAGGGAGUUCAGCCAACCGUGUCGGAGCUGGUGUGGUCUGACUUCCCGCCCCGCGGGCGGUCUCGGGGGACUUUCCCCCCGCCUUCUUCAAGGGAUCCGGUGACCCGGGGCGGCACAGCAUUCAAAUCGGUCAACAGCGGGAUGGCCAGGGCGACCCUAACCCCGCGCUUUCUGUGCCCCUUCUGGCCGCGGACCCCUUGCGCGAGCCCCGCGCUGGUGGCUGCAGGAGGUGUGCUCCGAAGGUUCUUGGCUGCAGCGGCACCUGCCCGCCGCCUAGACCUGCGGGGUAUCUAUCCGCCCCUCGUCACCCCUUUCACGUCUCAAGGCCGUGUAGAUUACGCCCGGUUGCAGGAGAAUCUGCGCCUCUACGCCGAAAUCCCCUUCCGAGGUUUUGUAGUACAUGGUUCCAAUGGGGAAGCUCCCUACUUGACACAGGAGGAAUGCCUGGAAGUAGUGAUGCGGGUGCACCAAGCUGUGCCUAAGGAAAAGCUUUUUCUGGUUGGGUCAGGAUGUGAAUCAACUCACUGCACCAUUGAGAAAACAAAACAAAUGGCUGACAAGGGUGCUGAUGCUGCUCUUGUGGUGACUCCUUGCUACUUCCGUGGAAGUAUGACCAGUGCUGCCUUGAUCCACCAUUACACCCAGGUGGCUGAUGCAUCUCCAAUCCCUGUGAUACUGUACAGUGUUCCAGCCAACACAGGUUUGGAACUGCCCAAUGAGGCAGUGGUCAGCCUCGCACAACAUCCUAACAUAGUGGGGAUCAAGGACAGUGAUGGCAACAUUACACGCCUGGGGCUGCUUGUCCACAAAACACAGAAUGAAGACUUCCAGGUACUGGCAGGAUCAGCUGGUUUUUUGCUAGCCAGCUAUAUUGUAGGUGCUACAGGAGGAGUCUGUGCCCUUGCCAAUGUAUUAGGUAGUCCUGUCUGUCAGCUUGAUGAUCUUUGCCGGGGUGGAAACUGGGAUGAAGCCCGUGAACUGCAGCACCGAUUGAUUGAGCCAAACAUUGCAGUCACCCGGAAAUUCGGGGUCCCGGGUCUCAAGCAGGCGAUGGAGUGGUUUGGCUACAAAGGAGGCUUUUGCCGUGCCCCUUUGCUCCCAUUAACUGAGAUACAAUUAAUGGAAUUACGCCAUGAUUUCACCUCCAAUGGCUGGCUCUGAAGGACAAAGGAGUUCUAGCAAUGCCUAGAAUCUUGCUGCAGCCAAUUACUGUAAUUGGGAAAGGCUCACAUGUCUUGCAAUUUACUUAAAUGCAUGCAGCUCACUCAACUCAUAGUGUACUUAUUGGAGCAUUGCUAUGGCAACAAAACAAUGGAGUAAAAUCUUCAGAAUGGAGCUUUAGAUGAGAAAAUGCUGUAUCUGCAUCUCAUGGUUGAUUAGAAGCCCAACAUUCCUUUGCCACUUAAAAUUUCUCAAUUCUACAUAACACACCUAUGUCUAGGAUAUGGUCAUAUCUAUGUUCUAAUCUUUUCAGCAUUCUUCUAUACCCUGAUUAGUUCUGGAAUCAUAGAAUGGUGAAAGGCUAAUUCUCUGGGUUCAGAAAUCAGGUGUGUGUAAUCUUAAUGUCCUAUGUAAAAGAUAUUUCAUUCAUUUUUAUGAUUUGCUAGGUCAAAAUACCAUUUGCACUGCUACCUUAUGCACAGUAAAUUGAGUUGUAUGAUCCACUGAAAAAUUGAACAUUAUUGAGAUGGUAUAAGAAUAUGUAAUUAGUGAAUGAUUAUGUGCCAUGAAGUCAUUUUUGACUUUUAUUGACUACACAGAUUUUCUCCAUUACAAUCUAUCACUAACCUGUUAUCUACAGUAUAUAUUUAUGGUAUUCACUGACGCUAGAUCAGCACAAUUUAAGUUUUUUUAAAAAAAUUAUUUCAUAAAACACUGCUACUUAGGUCUUGAGUCUUGCUCACAGUCCUCAAGGGCAGAAGUGGCAUAAAAAUACAUUCUUCAAGAUAAUUAUGCUUCUGUUAUUGUCCUUUUUCUGCUGUCUAAUAAUGGUAUGUUAUAUUUGGAAAAAGAAAUGGAGAACCAUUCAAUAGUUUUGCUGAUGACUAUAUUUUUAGCUAAAGCAUAAACGCACUAAGGCUAAUUGAUGGUACAACUUCUUGCGGUACACCCAGAUCCAAAAUGACUAGAAGUGGAUAAUUGUACCUAUAUAGUCACAGCCCCAACCCCAAUAACUGUAUGGCUGGAGGUCAGUGAGACUGGAGCAUCAGAUUUAAUCAAGCUAUUUCAUAUAGUAUUUUAUACAAUUCCAGCAGUAGGCAUGGAAACAAAAUUGUUAUGGAAAAUCUCUUCUUUAAGUGGAAAAAGUUGGGGGGAAAUUGAAGUUGUAAAUUAGAAAAUGCAUUGUUUCUUUACAAGUACUUAAGUUUAGUUGAACCAUUAAUGGAAGCUAACUAAUUGUGUCAAAAUUUUCUUUAAAAAAACAUAGAUAUGAAAAAGUAAAGGACUUAACAUUUUGCCAGCAUGGUAGGCAGUUGCAAAUACAAAGACCGGCAUCAGAUGAAGAUUGCUCAAGGGGGCAAUUUUGACAGUUGUAAGUCAAAGGAGCAAAGGAAAAAUGGAAAGGAAUAUAAUAAAAUAACAUCAGAAAAUA